CACUCCUCUCGCCCAUAUAAGCUGAUCGCUGCUGAUCCAGUCAUGAUACUUUUUCAAACUUAAGUAUUCAUCACACAUCACUUUACAGCUAUGACUUCAACUGGAGGCCUCGCAGGAUUUUGGAUGGUUGCACUGCUGACUGUUUACAGUGCAAAUCUGGGAGAGACCCAAACAAACUCUCUCAACGAGCCUGACGUCCCUUUCCCACCCGCCUGUCCCACGGCUCACAACCUCGCCACCAUUUGCCAUCAUGGUCAGGGUCGGCCCAGAUACCCGGCCAGCUUCUUCCCGGGCUCUGGUGCCAGUCACUUCCGCCGUCGUGGAAACGCCAUCAACCGCCUGGAGUCGUGGUUCAGCUUGUGCUGCAGCGGACAAGUGGCACAGCAGACCAACCAGAUCCUGUGCUGCGCCCAACAAGCUUGGAAACAGGCUCUGUCUCAGUUCUGUGUGGAAGAAUAUGCCACCAUGACUCUCCCAUAUGAGUGCUGUGAGAGCAAAGGAGACGCACGGUGGACAUGUUUCAACAGUGAGCUGCCAAACCCAAACUACAGCCCAACACCAGGCUACACCGCACCCCAAGUCCCAGAGGAGCUGGGAUUCACCUUCAAUGCAAAUGCUUGCUAAGGGUCUUUGCCUCAGGUGCUCAGAAGAGGAAAGGACAUGCUGGUUUGGUUUCUGCUGUGCGAGGACAAUAAAAGCACAACACAGGUCUAUAUUUUAGCCCAGCUUUGCAAUGACAACAAGAAACACAUUAAUGUUCACUUUUAUAAUUUCUGACAUAUAGCGCUCCUUGUUAAAUGAAGAUAUAUAAGUUGUCACAUGCUUUUGUAUCACUGAACAAACCAUCUGUAUUGCACUAGACAUGACUCUGGUGAAACAUCAGGUUGGUCAGAUUUUUUCCAUCCCUGCACUCACGCAAUAAAAAAAACUCACAGAUGUAAUAAAACAAGGGUCCACCAGGGGUCACUGCUUCAUGUAAUGGUUGGGUGUGCGAUAUUUACAUAUCAAUAAUCAAUACGAAAAGUGAGCUGAUCAUCCUGAAUGACAAUGUGUAGUAAAAGUCAUAAAUAAACACUUACCACAGUUA